GCCCAUAUAUAUAAGGACGACGGUAUCCUGCCUGGCUUCGCUAGCGAGCUCAGCUCCUUCGAACACUCCAAUCACACACCCCAGCAGCGCAGCAGCGCUUCCUCCGCUAUCGUCUUCUCUCGUCCAUGGAGGACAAGUGCCCCGAGCCCAUCCGCUGCAAAGCGGCCGUUUGCAGGGCCGCCGGCGAGCCGCUCACCGUGGAGGAGGUCGUCGUGGACCCGCCCAGGGCCUACGAGCUCCGGAUCAAGAUCGUCUGCACGUCGCUCUGCCACAGCGACGUCACCUUCUGGCGCAUGAAGGACUUCCCCGGCGUCUUCCCCAGGAUAUUUGGCCACGAAGCUUUCGGGGUGGUGGAGAGCGUGGGCGAGCACGUGGAGGGCUUCGCCGCCGGCGACUCGGUGGUGCCGACGUUCCUGUCGCAGUGCAGCGAGUGCACGGACUGCAAGUCGUCCCGGAGCAACGUGUGCUCCAAGAACCGGUUCGCGGUGCGGGCGGGGAUGCCGCGCGACGACACCACCAGGUUCCGCGACGCCGAUGGGAACCCUCUCCACCACUUCCUCGGCGUGUCCAGCUUCAGCGAGUACACCGUGGUGGACGUGACCCAGGUCGUCAAGGUCGACCCGGCCUUGCCGCCGGCCACGGCCUGCCUCCUCAGCUGCGGCGCCAGCACUGGGGUCGGAGCGGCAUGGAAGCUGGCUAAAGUCGAGCCGGGGUCUUCAGUUGCUAUCUUCGGCCUCGGAGCCGUGGGUUUGGCGGUGGCUGAAGGAGCCAGGAUCUGUGGAGCGUCAAAGAUCAUCGGCGUGGAUUUAAACCCGGAGAAAGAUGAGCUCGGAAAGAAAUUUGGCGUGACACAUUUCAUCAAUCCAAAGGAACUUGGAGAAAAAACUGUUAGCCAGGUGAUCGUCGAGAUGACUGACGGCGGCGCCGACUACUGCUUCGAGUGCAUCGGGCUGGCGGCGGUGAUGAGCGACGCGUUCCAGAGCUCCCGGGCGGGAUGGGGCAAGACGAUCAUCCUAGGAGUUGAAAUGCACGGCGCCCCUUUGUCCAUUCCAUCUAGGGAGAUCCUCCAUGGGAAGUCCGUCAUGGGGUCGCUCUUCGGAGGCGUGAAACCUAAGCAGGAUAUUCCGAUUCUCGCCGAGAAGUAUCUGAACAAGGAGCUGGAGCUGGACAAGUUCAUAACUCACGAGGUUGCCUUCAAGGACAUCAACACGGCAUUCGACCUGCUGCUGCAGGGGAAGAGUCUCAGGUGCACCAUAUGGAUGGAUAAGUGAUAAAGCUGCAUAAAUUUGGGAAACAGGCAGAGGAUCAGCCAGCUGUUGGUGAAGUUUGCUGCUCAUUCCAGUAUGAAAUAAUUGGGUUUUAUUGCUGCCUCGUGUAGUCCUGUGUGUGUGCGCGCGCGCGCACUGCAUGCAACUGCCUAUGUCUAAUCAGCUUCGCCUCCACGCCGCUUCGGGGUUUCCUAGUUUCAUGAUGUAUCCCCAACCUAUCUGUUAGCUGCUUAUGUCUUCUUGGAAUCCAUUUCAGCUACUGAUGCAAGUUA